AUGGUUGGGAAUAAUACUUUGUUGACUGAGAUCAAUCAUCAUGGCAAACGGCUAUACUAUAAGAAGCACGGAAAUCCAACCGGGCCUCCGAUCGUUUUCGUCCAUGGCCUUGGAGGGAGGUCGGAAUACUAUGACCCCCUGAUUUCCUCUCUCGCACUGGCAAAGACACACUCAAUUCACCAGUUCGAUCUCGAAGGCCACGGACAAUCGCCUCUAUCCACCCGGUCAGCGAUGACUAUUUCCUCCCUUGCAGACGAUGUGGAGAAUAUUUUCUCAUUAGCUGGAAUAUCAAGCGCCCUACCCGCAAUAUUAGUUGGAUGGUCAAUGGGCAGCAUCAUAGCCACUUUAUUCACCAUCAAAAACCCGGGACUAGUCCAUAAACUCAUCCUCCUCGGCCCUCCUCCAUGUCCUCUACCUACAGCAGGACAGAACGCAACUCUCGCUCGUGCUGCAGUAGUAAGAAGCAGAGGAAUGUCCGCUGUUGCAGACACGGUUGCUACGGCCGCAACAUCAUCGCUUACCAGAAGCAGGAAACCAGCCGUCUACACAGCAGCACUGUCUACACUUUUAAGUCAGGAUCCAGAGAGCUAUGCAAGGGCAUGCACUGCACUGGCCAACGAAUCUAAACCUCUAGAGCUCGAGAAGCUCACUUGCCAGACUUUGAUCAUCACUGGUGACGAUGACAAAGUCAGUCCGCCGGUUACCUGCAGUGCUAUUGCCUCGUCUAUACCCAACUGCAGGCCUCCAGUUGUUCUGAAGGAU